ACGAAAUUUUUUUAAUUUUUGGACUUUUUUUCUCAAAAAGAAAGACAAACAGUAUUUUCCAAUUAUUUUUAAUUUGAAUUUAUAAAAAAAAAUGGCCGAUGUUAAGAAUGAAAAAAUUGAACUUACCGAGGGAAAAGGAGUUUUUCUAGUACAGUUUCUUUCGAUUUUAAGUGGUUACUUUAUGAUGUUAGAUUUGGGCGCACAAUCAGGAUGGCCCUCACCUGCAGUACCAUAUUUACAAAGUAAAAAUUCCAAUUUCUCGAUGUCGAAAGCAACAAGUGCUUGGCUAGUGUCAAUGAUCAAUAUUUCGGGAAUAAUUGGUGUGAUUGUCGCCACAAUUCUUAUGAAUCAAAUUGGUCGACGUUUGACACUAUUUCUAUUCACUCUCCUUCAAUUACUGGCAUGGAUUCUCACUUAUUUGGCUGAAAAUUAUUUUUGCCUAUUUCUCGCGAGAUUUGUCGUUGGUCUAAGUGCAGGUGCACCAUUUGUCGUAUUACCCGUUUACAUUGGUGAAAUAUCACAUAAAAACUAUCGUGGUACUCUACUGUCACUGGAUAAAUUAUUCUUGAGUAUUGGUACAUUUGUUAUCAAUGCUCUCGGUAUUUUGGAAUACAGAAUGAUGAAUAUGAUAAUGAUUGUGGUGCCGAUUUUUUCACUUUGUCUAUUUCCGUUGAUUACGGAGACACCUUAUUAUUUAUUGAUGAAGGAGAGGGAUGAUGAGGCGGUGGAGUGUUUGAUGAAAUUGUCGGGAGUGAAGAAACGGGAAUUGGUAAUGAAUGAUUUGAUGAGAAUGAAGGAGGCUGUUUUGGAGUGUAAAAAGUGUGAGAAGAACAGUAUUCGGGAGGUGUUUAGUGAUAGGGGGAGUCGAAGGAGUUUGAUUAGUUUUAUAAUUGCUGAAUUGACAUUUGUGUUUUCGGGUUUGAUUGCUAUUCAUGCGUAUGCACAGGAGAUUUUUAGUUACAGUGGAUCGUCAUUGAGACCUGUUUAUGCGUCGAUGAUUAUGUCGGGAGUGCAGAUUGUUGCCGGAUUACCGUCUUCGAGAUUUAGCGAUAAAUUGGGUAGAAGACCGAUUUAUUUGAUUUCGGGUUUAACGACGGCAUUCACACUGGGAAUGGUGGGUUUAUUUUUUUUCUUGAAGUAUUAUUUGUUGAUGAAUGUCUCGAAAAUUAGUUGGUUGCCAUUGGUGGGAUUGAUUUUUUAUCAGUUCACGUGUAAUAUUGGUUUGACGACGAUACCAUUUGUUUAUUCGGGUGAACUUUUUUCGAUUAAAGUUAAAGGUGUGGCUAUUAUGAUUUGUGCAAUUAUUGGCGCGAUUGGAUCGUUCACGACGAAAAUGAUGAUUCCGUUUGUUAAUGAUUUGGCUGGAAUUUAUACGACUUUUUGGAUUUUUGCGGGUGCUUGUGUUGUUGGACCGAUUUUGUUGGUUUGCACUACACCGGAAACUAAGGACAAGACACUUGAAGAGGUUUUGGAAUUGAUGAGAGAUGGGAGGAGGAAAAUUAAGAGGAAACAAUGUUUUGUUACUUAGAAAUUGUUUUUCAUUGAAUGGAAUUUAAAUGAUUCACUUGUUCUGGAGAUUAAUUGAACGGAUUUUUUUUUUCAAAAAUUACUGAAUGCGAUAAAAAUUUAAAACUGUAAAUUAAAUACCUACUUUCAACCUUUGUAAUUUAAUUUUUUGAUACGUGAUAAAAAUGUUAUCAAAAUUUGAAAAUGAAUGAAUUAAUGAAAACAUUAAAUGAGAAAUAAAUAUUAUUCAUUUGUCACAACCCCAGGAGCAUGAAAUUAAAUUUUUCGUUCUGAUACCAAAAAAUGAAAACCAUGAUCUGAGAAUAUUAAUUUAAGAAAUUAAUAAUUGGAUAUUUAAUUUUUAAUUAAGGGAAUAAAUUAUUGAAUG